UGCUACACAGACGCCAUCUUGAGGAGACCCCGAACGUAGCGCUGGCAUGAGCGCUGUUCGGUGACUGACAACAAUCUCGGGCGCACCAUGACGGGAUUACUCACUAACAAGUAGCUCACUAACAGCACACCAGUUCUGUGUUGCACACGUUCACGGGAAAAGAGAGGAGCUGUCUGGCGAGUGUUCACCUCUCUCCACGUUGUUGUUUUUGAAGCGUGGGGCUGUGCCGUACGGCCUGAUGGCCGGCUAGCUGCUCUGCUCUCUGGACUCCACCGCGGCCUGCUCGGGAGGAGGAAGGGUGGUGACGGCGCAAAAUGCUCUACCGCUGACUCCCAUCAAGACAGUUCUCCUACCCAGAGACUCGCUGCGAGUUGGACGACGAGCACGAUGCACUUAUAGAUUUUUUUAAACGCUCUUAACUUUCCGAAUUUUCUGUUGUGUGUAGGGGGCUGUGAACGACAGUGAGUGCCGUCUGCGUACCCUGAAUUCCCAGCCUGAGACAUGUCAUCCAACUGCACCAGCGCAGCGCCUGUCAGCGCUAGCAAAACCAAGACGAAAAAGAAGCAUUUUAUAGGACAGAAAGUGAAAUUAUUCCGUGCAAGUGAGCCCAUUCUCAGCGUUUUAAUGUGGGGUGUCAACCAUACGAUUAACGAGUUAAGUAAUGUGCCUGUACCAGUUAUGCUGAUGCCAGAUGACUUUAAAGCCUACAGUAAGAUCAAAGUGGACAACCACCUAUUUAACAAAGAAAACCUGCCUAGUCGCUUUAAGUUCAAGGAGUACUGUCCCAUGGUGUUCAGAAACCUGAGGGAGAGGUUCUGCAUCGAUGACCAGGACUACCAGAACUCUCUGACGAGGAGCGCCCCACUCAAUAGCGACUCCCAGGGUCGCUUCGGCAACCGCUUCCUGUCCAGCUACGACCACCACUUUGUAAUUAAAACCGUGUCCAGUGAGGACAUCGCUGAGAUGCACAACAUCCUAAAGAAGUAUCACCAGUUUAUAGUGGAGUGUCAUGGCAACACGCUGCUCCCUCAGUUCCUGGGCAUGUACAGGCUAACGGUGGACGGGGUGGAGACGUACAUGGUGGUGACCCGGAAUGUAUUCAGCCAUCGCCUCACUGUACACCGCAAAUAUGACCUGAAGGGUUCUACAGUCUCGAGGGAAGCCAGCGACAAGGAGAAGGCUAAAGAACUCCCCACUUUUAAAGACAACGACUUCCUGAAUGAAGGCCAGAAGCUGCAGAUAGGAGAUGACAACAAGAAGUACUUUUUGGAGAAGCUAAAGCGGGACGUAGAGUUCCUGGCAACCCUAAAGAUCAUGGACUACAGUCUCCUGGUGGGGAUCCAUGACGUGGACCGGGCCGAGCAGGAGGAGAUGGACGUGGAGGGCGUGGGGGAGGAGGAGGAGUAUGACAACGACGGGAUGGGCGGAGGCGUGCUCACCGGCUCGUUCGGCACGCCCCCCGACAGCCCCGGAAACCCUCUGAACUGCGGGGGAUUCUUCGGCCCUGGGGAGUUUGACCCCUCUGUGGACGUUUACGCAAUCAAGAGCCACGACUGUGCUGUGAAGAAGGAAGUGUACUUCAUGGCUAUCAUCGACAUCCUCACGCACUAUGACGCUAAGAAAAAAGCUGCACAUGCUGCCAAAACUGUGAAACACGGGGCGGGGGCCGAGAUCUCGACGGUGAACCCGGAGCAGUACUCCAAACGGUUCUACGAGUUCAUGUCCAACAUCUUAUCAUAGACUCCUCUCCCAGGCCAGCCAGUCACUUCCUGUCAUAGAUCUGUCAAAUGCCACGCACUUAUUUCUCGUCUCCCUCACCUCAGUGUAGGUCCGUCUACCCCCAUUUAAAAAAAUAAAUAAAAUAACUACCAGUAUCCUCCCACAGCCAGCACCAGUCUGGCACGAAGGAUGCGCCGAGCCUGUUACAUUGUCCCACACAAACCACCUCCCCGGCUCCCUCAUCCACUGCAAGGAAAACUCGUAAAAACCGCUCACUGAAUUCGGAACGACCUCCCGAUAACCUAAACUUGUUUUUCAACUUUUUCUGCCUCCCAGUCCUCCUCAGCCGCCUUGUUACUCCUCACGCCAGGACAGAAACUGUCUCACUAAUGCCUUGAACGAGUGUCCGCUUCAGCAGUUAGCAGUCCGUUAUUACAGUCUCCUUGGUUUCUGUUUAUGUCGAUGUCGUUCUUAUGAUUUCUAUUAGACACACAGACGCACACACAGACACACACACACACGCACACGCACGCACGUAAACAACUUGAACAGAUGCUGAAUGGUCAGAUUGCAUGACAAAACUCUUUGACAGUCGCCUUUCGGCUUCUCUCUCUGUAACAAAAGAAUUCAAAGUACUGCUGACAAAUUGGAACGACAGGGGAUAAACACAUUAAUAUAUAAUGGUGUAUAAAGUAAACGAAUGCAAUAUCAAAAAAAAUGCAUGGCCGAUGUGUACAUGAGACUCCACCAGUAAGUCGAAAACAUCAAACCACUGAACUUAGCAUCUGAGUGUUACGACUAAAACGACAAAAAAAAAAAAGCAGAAAAAAAAAAUUGAUGUUUGAAUUGAUGAAUGUUACGUUGCCAUAUUGUUUUUGAAAUUUUAACAGUGAGCUUGGUGGAGGUUGGUCUAAGAAAAGAAAAAUUCACAUAAAAAGGGGAAUUCUUCAGCAAAUACUUGUUUUAUUACCAUAAGGAUCAUUUUUAUAUCUCGUUUACAUUAAUGUAGCAAUUUUGUGUUUGUAUACAGUAUUGUUUUGUUACCAACAGACAUUAGGAAAAAAGGUUACUUGAAAAUGAUUCAUUACAUAUUAAAGGGAGUUUUAUCUUGU